AUGAAAAUCUGGUUUUUCGCUGUCGUAGCCCUCGCUAUUGCUUCAGAAGAACCUGAGCCUAUCAAUGACCAAGAAAGAAACGACGAAGUGGCACAGUCAGAAACCCGCACCCGCUGGGUUGCUUGUUUACUUAUUUCCCGCACAAAAUUAAUCAAAGAUUUUGACUCUAUUUCAGAAAUUUAUACAGAAUCCAGCUUCAAAAAGGAAUUCAUCCAGCGAAGAAUUAUAGCGGACAUUCUUUAUAAAUGUGAUAAAGUUUUGACCUCAAAACAAGCUGAAGAACUAUUGGUAGCUGAGGAUAUAAAUUUAGAGGCACCAGGAAUCAAAGAAUUGACGAUAAUUGACAAAGAGUUUUAUUUGAAUGAAAAAAGUGAUAUAAGAUUGACUCAGCAACAAGAAGAGUUAGUAAAGAAAAUUCUUAUUGUAAGAGUGAAUUAGGAAGCAAAUAAAGUUGAUGAAGAAAUUGAGGUUGAAGCGCCAAUAGUGGAUGAUUUUGAUCCUAGUGUUUAUUCACAGAAUAAAGAUCUAUUGCCAACUGGCUUGUAUUACCCAGGACUUAUUGGAGGUGUGUUCUUAUUGAUAGGGCUUGGGUUUUUCAGUAAGAAAUAUUUAGUUAUUAAAAGAGUGUCUUCUCUUAAAAAAACUUUUAUUUUAAUGGAAGAUUCGGAAAGUAAUGUUUCCUAUUCUUCUUCCUUUUGUGAAGAAAACGGAGCUUUACAGGAUGAAUUUUUCGAACUUUUACUAUUAAAUGAACUUAUUGAUACAGGAUUACUUGAUAAUUCUGAAUCAGAGUAUGAAUGAAAUGAUAGUGAUGCAGAAAAUGUUGAUACAGAUGACAAAAUAUUGGAGUUUUUAAGUCGUUUAGAUGGAAAAAAAUACUAGAUGAAAUAGAUCCUAUUCAGGAAACCUUCAAAUAUAGGAAGACUGAGGUGAUCAUUGAUGAUAAGAAGACAAUCGAUAAGAAAAUCCUGAACACCAGAAAAAUAAAAAUUAGAUCAGAUUCAAAUUUUAUCAGAAAAAUAAAAUUGAUAUCAGAAUCAAACAUUAUCAGGAAAAUAAAAUUUAGAUCAGAUUCAAAUUUCAUCAGAUAUAGAAAAUUCAUAUCAGACUCAGAAAUCGAAAAAAUCGCGGAUUACGUGGGUUUCAGAAAAUUUUACUAAAAUUUUAUCCAAAGAUUUUAGGAAAAGAAGAAAGUUAAAAAAUUUUUAAUCGGGACAUGGCCCUGAAAUAAAGGCCUUUAAAGUAAUAAAGAUUUCUCUCUCUCUCUCUUAAAAACCAGAAAGAAGAUAAAGUUGCCCCUGCUAAAAAGAAAUCAAGAAAAGAUAAAAAAGAUCAAUAG